UACUCUUUUCCUUCAUGGCCUCCUUAGCUUGGAGUGAUACAAAUAUCACUACCGACAAAUCUGCACUUCUUGCUUUUAAAUCAUUCAUCACUUUAGAUCCACACAAUUUCUUAGCUAAUUGGUCUAUCUCUUCUUCUCCAUGCAGCUGGAUUGGUGUCACAUGCAAUACUCGUCAUGGAAGAGUCCACUCCUUGAAUCUUGGUGGCAUAGAUCUUAAGGGUACCAUAUCUCCACAACUAGGAAAUCUCUCAUUCCUUGUUGAAUUUGACCUUAGUGACAACGAUUUUCAUGGUCAAAUACCAAACGAGCUAGUUAAAUUGCAUAGAUUGGAACUACUCAAUUUGAGCUACAAUGACUUUCAUGGACAAGUUCCAGUAUGGAUAGAAGAUUUAUCUUCACUUGAGCAAUUACAUCUUCAAAAUAACAGUCUUAGUGGAUUUAUUCCACCAUCUAUAUUUAAUCUGACACUGCUAAACACCUUGGAUUGUAAUGAUAAUUUACUUGAAGGGACCAUUCCACUCGAAGUGGGAAGACUUGAGCGAUUGAAGAUUUUACGUCUUGCGGGUAACAAGCUUUCAGGAAACAUUCCCCAAACAAUUUCCAACUUAUCUUCCCUUGAGUUAUUGAGUUUGUCUUAUAACAGUUUGUCAGGAAGCAUCCCAAGUGAGAUUGAGAAUCUUUCACAAUUGAAGAAAUUGUAUCUUGGAAAUAAUCAACUUGUUGGUUCAAUACCAUCUUCAUUAUUCAACAAUUCAGUGCUGCAAGACUUUCAACUUUCAGUAAAUAACUUGUCUAGGAGUCUCCCAACAAAUGUGUGUGCUGGGCUCCCAAAGCUACAAAUAUUUUAUGUAGAUGGAAAUGAUUUGUCUGGCAAAAUACCCUCCACUUGGCAUCAAUGCACAUGGCUAUAUCUCUCCAACAGCAACUUGCAAGGAAUUAUUCCAAGUGAGAUUGGAAAUUUGACAAACCUCGAAAUGCUUUCUCUUAGCAACAACAAUUUGCAAGGUGAAAUUCCUUCAUUUCUUUGGAACAUGCCUUCUUUGAGAAUGAUUUUUCUUGGCGCCAAUCAUUUAAAGGGUAAUUUGCCUGAAGAAAUGUGUCAUCAUCUCCCUUUAGUUGAAGUCUUUGACGUUGAUGAUAAUAGAUUAGAGGGAAGCAUUCCUCAAUCAAUAAGCAACUGCACAUCUUUAAAAGAAUUAUAUUUGGAUAUUAACUCAUUUACAGGUUUUAUACCCAAGGACAUAGGCGGUCUUGUUAAACUUGAAAUCAUAGAUUUGGGAUCAAAUUAUUUGAGUGGACCUAUUCCUUUCAGUAUAUUCACCAUUUCAACAUUGAAAUACUUAAGCCUUGGCAGUAAUUCCCUCUCUAGCCUUCUCCCAUCAUAUUUAGGGAUUGGCCUUCCCAACUUGGAGAAUUUACUACUGAAUGAUAAUGAGAUAAUUGGACAAAUUCCAAACAGCAUAUCAAAUGCUUCUAAGCUCAUUGAGUUAAAUUUGUCAUUGAAUAAAUUAAAUGGAUCUAUACCCAAUGUCAUUGGAAAUUUAAAAAACUUGUUCGACUUAGCUUUGGAUGGGAAUGAUUUGACUGGGUUGAUUCCAGACAGAGUUAGCAACUUACAUAAACUUCAACGUUUAAGUCUCAGCAACAACAGAUUGCAGGGUUCCAUCAUAAAUGAACUUUGCCAACUCAAAAGUCUAAGUGAGUUGUAUCUUGCCAACAACAUGUUUUCGGGAGCAUUACCAGGAUGUCUCAGGAAUACUUCUUUGCGGAAGUUGAAUUUUAGCUCCAACAAAUUGAUGUCUCAUAUACCUUUUUCUUUCUGGAGUCUCAAAGAUAUCUUAGUUUUAGACAUAUCGUCCAAUGCAUUGAGUGGAUCAAUAUCGCCAGAGUUAUCAAACUUUAGAGCAAUUAUACUGUUGAACUUGUCAAGAAACCAGAUUUCAGGAAGCAUCCCUACAACUAUGGGUGGCUUGCAAACCUUGAUAACUCUAUCUUUGGCUAACAACAAAUUACAAGGGUCUAUUCCUCAAUCAUUUAGUAGCAUGAUAAGCAUAGAGUCCAUGGACCUUUCCCAUAAUUAUUUAUCUGGUGUGAUUCCAAAGUCCUUAGAGUCAUUACUCAAUCUUAAAUACAUUAAUCUUUCUUACAAUUUGUUGGAUGGAGAAAUUCCAAAUGGUGGUCCUUUUCAAAAUUUUACUGCUCAAUCUUUUAUGAUGAAUAAAAAUCUUUGUGGGAAAUCCCAACUACAAGUCCAACCAUGUAGGAGAGGAAACAAACACAAAUCAAACAAAGUGAUGCUGGUGAUAAAAUGCUCAGUGCCUAUCAUGGUUGUCAUUUUGGUCGUUACAAGCAUUAUCUUUCUAAAGCAUAACAGAGACGAUGCUGACUAUGCAACCAAAAGGGAUUUAACCAAUUUGGAUGCACCAACUAGGAUAUCCUAUUAUGAGCUUUUACAGGGAACAAAUAGAUUUGAUGAAAGUAAUCUUCUUGGCUCUGGAAGUUUUGGAUCAGUAUAUAAAGCAAUUCUUCCAAAUGAAAAGAUAGUUGCUGUCAAAGUAUUUAACAUAGACAUGGAAGAAGCAUUGAGAAGUUUUGAUAUUGAAUGUGCAGCUAUGUGCAAUUUACGCCACCGUAAUCUCAUUAAGAUCAUUAGUUGUUGCUCGAAUGAUGAUUUCAAGUCUCUAAUAAUGGAAUUCAUGUCAACUGGAAGCCUUGAUAGAUGGUUGUACUCUCAUAACUACUGUUUAGAUAUCCUACAAAGGUUGAAUAUAAUGGUUGAUGUGGCAACUGCAUUAGAGUAUCUUCAUCAUGGUAUUUCUACUCCAAUUGUUCAUUGUGACAUAAAACCAAGUAAUGUUUUGUUGGAUGAAGAUAUGGUGGCUCAUCUUAGUGAUUUUGGUAUGGCUAAACUAUUAGGUGAAGGACAAUUGGAAACUCGUACAAAAACAUUAGCUACAGUUGGCUAUAUGGCACCAGAGUAUGGAUCAAAAGGAGUGGUUUCUUUCAAAGGAGAUGUGUAUAGCUAUGGUAUCAUGCUAAUGGAGAUAUUUACAAGGAAGAAGCCAACCGAUGAAAUGUUUGAGGAAGAUCUUGGUUUGAAAGAUUGGGUUAGCAAAUCAACACCACAUUCAAUCAUCAAUAUUCUAGAUGUCAAUUUGCUACCAAAAGGGAAUUCAAAUAUCAACAAUAUAUUAGCACAUAUAUCAUCAAUUUUUGAGUUGGCAUUAAGUUGUUGCACUGAAUUACCUGAAGCACGAAUUAUGAUGACUGAUGUUGUCGUCUCAUUGAAAAAGAUAAGGUCAUAUUUAUGUAAGAUGUUAGAGAUGCAACACUAGUUAAAUAAUCUUUAUAUGGAAGUUUUAGUCAUUGUUUCUUUGUAAGAUAAAUUACAUAGUUUAUAAGGUUUUAUGUUUUCUGUAGGGAGUGAGCAAAUGUGAACAUUAUAUUUUGAAUGUUUUUGGAUUUCAGGGAGUCUAGA